UCUUAGCUGAAAAGGUGGAACAGCUUAUGGAAUGGAGCUCAAGGCGCUCAGUUAUCCGCAUGAAUGGAGACAAAUUCAGAAGAUUUGUAAAAGCUCCGCCUCGUAACUACUCCGUGAUUGUGAUGUUUACUGCUCUGCAGCCACAGAGACAAUGUUCUGUUUGCAGGCAAGCUAAUGAGGAGUAUCAAGUUUUGGCCAAUUCAUGGCGCUAUUCAUCUGCCUUUUCUAACAAAUUAUUCUUCACUAUUGUGGAUUAUGAUGAAGGAGCAGAUGUUUUUCAACAGCUCAACAUGAACUCUGCUCCAACAUUCAUGCAUUUUCCUCCAAAAGGUAAACCCAAGAGAGCUGACACCUUCGACCUGCAGAGAAUCGGAUUUGCAGCAGAGCAGCUAGCUAAGUGGAUAGCUGACAGAACGGAUGUUCAUAUUAGGGUAUUCAGGCCUCCGAAUUAUUCAGGUACUAUUGCACUGGCUCUUUUAGUGUCGCUUGUUGGUGGUUUGCUGUAUUUGCGAAGAAAUAAUUUGGAGUUCAUCUACAACAAGACUGGUUGGGCAAUGGCAGCACUGUGUGUUGUGUUUGCUAUGACUUCUGGUCAAAUGUGGAAUCAUAUCCGUGGACCUCCAUAUGCUCAUAAGAAUCCUCAGAAUGGACAAGUGAGUUACAUACAUGGGAGCAGUCAAGCUCAAUUUGUUGCAGAAUCACAUAUUAUACUACUACUGAAUGCUGCUAUCACUAUGGGAAUGGUUCUCCUAAAUGAAGCUGCUACUUCCAAAGGAGACGUUGGAAAAAGGAGAAUAAUAUGCCUUGUAGGACUGGGUCUGGUGGUUUUCUUCUUCAGCUUCCUGCUGUCAAUAUUCCGCUCCAAAUACCAUGGCUAUCCAUAUAGCUUCUUAAUUAAAUGAACUCAAAUGGGAUUCACAUUAACUUAAUGUUUACUAUGAAGAUAAGCUGUUACUGAUACUAUCUGUUCACCAACAUUACGUUUUAUUCAACAGUCUGUGUUCAUUCAUCUGUUUCUUUGUGAUAAUUUAUAUAGCAUAAUUAUAGAGAAAUGAAUUUGUGGUUUUUAUAUUUUAUGUAAUGAAUGUUUCAUUUAAUUUAUAGAAACAAGUAUAGUAAACCUUAAAUAUUAUAACAGGAGUAGUGAAAAAUAGUUUUAAGUACUGUAUAUUCAGUGGUGCAGGAUUUAAACAAAGUUAAUUAUGCUGUGUCUUUUGGUUGUAUGGCUGCCUGUUGACUCUUAGUAAAGGAACAUGGAAGCAAAUGUUAAAGUACCCUCUCCCCUUGCAAAGUGUUACAACGUUUUCUUUACAUGCACUUUAGAAAAAUCCUGAACAAAAUACUGUUUGUUCUCUGACUGCUGUUGGAGAAACCAUACAAGAAAUGGAAAGUAUAAUUUGAUUACAUAAAUACCAUUUAUUUAUGCAACCUUAUCAAGCCAUCUUGCUUUGAAAAAUAAAGAAAAUAUACA